UUCACCAACCCCUCCACCUUCAUCCGGCUGGGCAUUCCUGGCCUGGAGACGGUCCAUGUCUGGAUUUCCAUUCCCUUCUGCACCAUGUACGCCAUAGCCAUCUUGGGGAACUUCACCAUCCUGUUCAUCGUGAAGACGGAACCGAGCCUCCAUGGGCCCAUGUACUAUUUCCUCUGCAUGCUGGCCGUCACCGACCUGGUCCUGUCCACGUCCAUCCUGCCCAAAAUGCUGAGCAUCUUCUGGUUCAAUCCCAGGGAUAUAGAUUUCAAUGCCUGCCUCACCCAGAUGUACUUUACACUCAGCUUGCCAGUGACACAAUCUGGGAUCCUUGUGGCCAUGGCUUUUGAUCGCUAUGUGGCCAUCUGUGAUCCCCUGAGACAUUCCACCACCCUGACAAACCCCGUAGUGGCCAAGAUUGGCCUGGCCGUGGUGCUGCGCAGUGCCAUGGUCAUACUGCCCUUUCCCUUGCUGGCAAGGCGGUGGCCAUAUUGCAGAACCAACACCAUUCCCGAGCUGUUUUGCUCGCACAUAUCCGUGGUGAAGCUGGCCUGCGCCGACACCCGCGUCAGUAGUUACUGCGGCCUUUUUGUGCUAUUCUGUGUGAUGGGUCUGGAUGUGAUUUUUAUUGUUGUGUCCUAUACCCAGAUUCUCAUGGUCAUCUUCAGGCUCCCCACAAAAGAUGCCCGGCUCAAGACUUUGGGGACCUGCGGCUCCCAUCUUUCUGUCAGUUUAGCCUUUUACAUCCCAGGUCUCUUCUCCUCCCUCAUGUACCGGUUUGGGCAGAAUGUGGCCGUACAUUUCCAUGUUCUCAUUACCAAUAUAUGCCUCUUGCUGCCCCCCAUGCUGCACCCCAUCAUCUACGGGACCGAGCUCUGUGCAGAGAUGGCUGGUGACACGGUGCUGGGCCACCUUCCCUGA